AUGCGUCGGUUAGAGAGCAUAAGUUGCUUACUGGCAAGCAGUCGUGCCACUGCGGCACAGUUCAUAUCGUGCGCUGAGCCGACAGAUCCUUCAAGAUGCUUACGGUCAGAAUCGAGUCGUAUCGUGAUCAGCCUCGCUUGUAGCGCAGGACGGCAGCAGCAGCCAUACGACCCGGGUUCGGCCACUUCUGCACCGCAACCGCUGCUAUCGGCCAUUGCAUUCAUACCACUGGCCGUUUCCAUACUUAGCAGGCGAGCAUAUACAUAA